AUGACUUCAAUUAAAAAUAAUAAUGAAAAUAAACAUAUUGUAGUAUACAGAAAGAUUCAUCAAAGUUUAAUUGAAAAACUUGAAAAUCAAGGCUACAAAGUGACACAAUUCGAACCAAUAAAUAGUAAUAAUAUUCAAGAAUUUUAUGAAGCAAUAAAGACAGCUAACGGUUUAAUUGGAUCAGUAUUUAAAAUUGAUGAAAAUGUAUUAUCAAAAGCACCAUUUUUAGAAUGUGUUUCAGCAAUUUCAGUGGGAUAUGAUAAUUAUGAUUUGGUAGUAUUAAAUGAUAGAAAAAUACCAUUAAUGCAUACACCAAAUGUGUUGAAUGACUCCAUGGCUGAUAUUAUGAUGGGUUUAAUGAUAACAGUUGCCAGAAAAUUAGCAUACUGCGACAAACGUAUGCGUAAUGGUGAAUGGAAUGGACCAUUGGAUAAAAGUUGGUUUGGAUUAGAAGUUCAUCAUAAAAAAGUGGGUAUUAUCGGUAUGGGUAGAAUUGGUGAAGUUUUGGCCAAACGUUGCAGAAUGGGCUUCGACAUGGAAGUGGCCUACUAUUCUCGUAGUAGACAUUUAAAAGUUGAAGAACUUUAUGAUGCAAAACACCAAGAUUUAGAUACAAUCCUUUCAACAAGUGAUUUCAUUUGUGUAGUUUUACCAGGAUCACAAGAAACUAAACAUUUCUUUAGUUUUGGCCAAUUUUCAAAAAUGAAAAACUCUGCAAUUUUCAUUAAUGCUGGUAGAGGUAUGACAGUUGAUGAAGUUGCAUUAAUAGAUGCUUUAGAAACUGGUAAAAUCGCUGGUGCAGGUUUAGAUGUUUUUGAAAAAGAACCAUUAAACAAAGAUUCAAAACUAUUAACAUUAGAUAAUAUAGUAUUAUUACCACAUAUUGGUACAAGUACAAUUGAAACCCAACACAUAAUGUCAGAAUGUGCUGUCAAUAAUUUAAUUUCUGCACUUAAUGGUAAUUUAGAAAAGAAUUGUGUAAAUGCAUCAAUAAUUAAAAAAUAA